GAGAUUGGACACGUUUUCGAAGAUAACAAAAAACAAAACAAAAUGUCGCGUGACUGGGGGAAGAUUUCAACAAGCAAAGAACCUGGACGAACCCAUGUCCAGGUUCAUUUGAUCCAGAUAAUACCCUUUUCUUUCUGUUAAUCUCUCCAUAUCCAAGAUUACUUCUUCCUUCCUCCUCUGCUUUCCCAUUCAACAAUCUCAAUAUCUGUUAUUCCGUCCAAAUUCCCUUCUCAUCCCUCCUAUAUAGAAAUACAGAACACCCAAUUCAUUCUAGAGAGAGAAAGAACAGCUUUUGGGGAGGGAGAGGGAGAGAGAGAAUGAAAGGGAGUUUGAAGAAACAAGAGUCUUACCACGUCAUUCACAAGCUUCCUCCUGGUGACAGCCCGUAUGUUAGAGCAAAACAUGUCCAGCUAGUUGAGAAGGAUCCAGAAGCAGCCAUAGUUUUGUUUUGGAAGGCGAUAAAUACUGGAGAUAGGGUAGAUAGUGCCCUUAAAGACAUGGCAGUGGUCAUGAAACAACAAGAUCGGGCAGAAGAAGCAAUUGAAGCUAUCAAGUCCUUUAGGCACCAGUGCUCUAAGCAAGCCCAGGAAUCACUUGACAAUGUCCUUCUUGACUUAUAUAAGAAAUGUGGGAAAUUAGAUGAGCAAAUUGACUUGUUGAAGCAAAAACUUAGGAUGAUUCACCAAGGAGAAGCUUUCAACGGAAAGUCCACCAAGACAGCUCGCUCGCACGGAAGGAAGUUCCAGGUCACUGUCAAGCAAGAGACUUCGAGGAUACUGGGCAACUUAGGUUGGGCCUAUAUGCAACAAGCAAACUAUGCAGCCGCAGAAAUCGUGUACCGAAAAGCCCAGCAGAUCGACCCUGAAGCCAACAAGGCCUGCAACUUGUGCAUGUGUCUAAUCAAACAAACCCAAUACGCCGAGGCCCGAUCCGUUCUUGAAGAUAUAUUGCAAGGCAAGAUUUCAGGUUCCGAUGACCCGAAAUCCAGAAACCGGGUCGAGGAACUGAUGAAGGAACUAGAACCAUGGGAAUCUGCAGGGUCAUUGUCUUCCAAUCCUGCCGACCUGAGCUUAUUAGAAGAUAGCUUUCUUGAUGGGCUUGACCAGUUGAUGAACCAGUGGACCCCAUUCAGAUCAAGAAGACUUCCCAUAUUUGAGGAAAUCUCCCCAUACAGAGAUCAAUUGGCUUGUUGAUCUCUCUCUUUUUUCUUUUCUUUUCUUUUUUUCCCCUUACGCCAAUAUUUGAGAUUGUUCUUGUAAGUUACAAGCUAGUCCUCUCAUGUCGGUAUGUGAAAAAAUAGCAUGGCAGAGACAUUGGCUUGGGAAGUAAAUCAAUGUGUCAAAUGUAUUGAGUGCAAUGCUAUGUCUGUUAAUACCCAAAAUACACCUGAAGUGGGAGUUGUAGUGUAUCAUAGGGAGGAUAUCUGUUGUGAUUGUAUCUAGAUAUAUAUAGCAAAGUCCUCAAUAAAUCCAGUUGCAUUUCUUUGUUGUCU